UUACUUUCUCCCUCCAGGGCAAAAGAGAGGCCAAGCCGGAAGUACAAUCACAUGAGGGAAAGGAUUUAAUCGUUUUAGUUUCUGGUCCGUUGUUAUUUUCCUCUCUACCGUGAAAACGUGGUCCCAACUGUUUAGUUCCGCCUUGCAGUUGAUUCUCAAGAUUGUAGUUGCCGGCUUUGAUUUGGAGGUGAAGAGCGACGCUUUAGUCCUUGGACGGGAAGGGAAGUCUUCAGGGCUAAGGAACAGACAUCAUUUACUGGGCAGAAUUGCAUUCUCCUUUGCCACCAAUGGGAGAUAUGGCAUCUGAAGAAACCAGACCCCUUUUGAGUACUGAGGUGGAGACAGAACUGCCUGCUCAAAGACCCUCUCAGCUGGAGAUCUAUCUGAGCAAGGUCCAAAAUCAGAAUCUCUUCCUGGCUACGUUUGCUGCUGUGCUGGGACCACUAAGCUUUGGAUUUGUUCUUGGCUACAGUUCACCGGCUAUUCCGAGCCUAAAGAAAGUUAGCAACCCGGAAUUAAGGUUGGGAGACAUUCAAGCAUCUUGGUUUGGGUCUGUCGUAACGUUGGGUGCUGCAGCAGGCGGGAUUCUGGGGGGAUAUGUCGUGGAUAAAUUUGGCCGGAAGCUUACCCUGAUGCUGUGUGCCAUCCCAUACGUUUUUGGCUUCACAAUCAUAAUCUCAGCUCAAAAUGUCUGGAUGCUUUAUGUGGGCCGGAUACUGAAUGGCUUGGCCAGUGGGGUAACAUCCUUGGUGGUCCCGGUAUAUAUUUCCGAAAUAGCCCACUCCAAAGUUCGAGGGAUGCUAGGAUCGUGCGUUCAGCUGAUGGUGGUGACUGGCAUAUUGGGAGCUUAUAUAGCAGGCACAGGGCUGGACUGGCGCUGGCUGGCCGUACUGUGUUCCGUCCCACCGUGCUUUAUGCUGGGACUUGUGGCUUUCAUGCCCGAAACGCCUCGCUUCCUGCUGAGCCGGAAUCAGCGGCCAGAGGCCAUUGCUGCUCUGCAGUUCCUGAGGGGCCCCCUGGUGGACCAUGAGUGGGAAUGCAGGGAGAUUGAAGUGAACGCCGAAGGACAGGAGGAGCUGAGUUUGGCAGAGUUUAAGAAUCCAGCCAUUUACAAGCCAUUCCUCAUUGGUAUCGCCAUGAUGUUCUUCCAGCAAGUGUCGGGGAUCAACGCCAUAAUGUUUUACGCGGAAACCAUCUUUGAAGAAGCCAAAUUCAAGGAGAGUGGUGCUGCUUCUAUCAUUGUGGGAUCCAUCCAAGUCUUUUUCACUGCUGUGGCUGCUCUUAUUAUUGAUAGAAAAGGUCGAAAAGUCCUUCUGGUUGUAUCAGGGUUCAUUAUGGCUGUCAGUGCUGCCAUCUUCGCGAUCUAUUGCAAAAUGGCUCUCCCAGUCCCCAUCAACUCCUCCCACGCCAACUCACCAAGCUCCCCUCUGAGUGCUGCUGUUGUGGAAGAAGAGCACCACCUUGCGUGGUUGGCGGUAUUGAGCCUGGGCCUCUUCGUCAUGGGCUUUGCCUUGGGCUGGGGCCCGAUCCCAUGGCUGUUGAUGUCUGAAAUAUUCCCUCUCCGAGCUCGAGGCGUAGCCGGUGGUGCCUGUGUCUUAACAAAUUGGCUCAUGGCUUUUCUGAUUACCAAGGAGUUUCAUGACCUCAUGGUCUUCCUGACGCCUCAUGGUACUUUCUGGUUGUUUUGUGCCAUGUGUUUCUCCAACGUACUUUUUACCAUACUCUGCGUUCCUGAAACAAGAGGAAAAAGCCUAGAAGAGAUAGAGGCCUACUUCCAAAGAUCACAUUAGCUGUUUGCAAUCUUAGUGGGAAAACUUUUCCCCUUGGUCUUGGACUGAAGGUGUGGAUGGUGAUGGCUGGUGGGACCCAACUAUUCUUCAGAGAUUUGCACGAAUGUAAAGUCUUCACCAGGUUCAACUGGGUCCAGAGAACUGCAUGGGGUGCAGAAGGUGUGGGCAAGAUGAAAGGCAGGUUCAUUUUGUGUGGGGCAAUGACCUACUACUUUUCAAUAUUACAGCACCACAUACAGUAUCACAGAAUGGCAGGCAUUGUUCGGUUUUCUGACGUCUAUAACAAGGUGAUUAAGAAUUGGUUUAGAACAAAACAUUGCUUUUCUCUGUUCGUUGGCCAUGUUCUGUGUGGCCAGCCUUUUCUUCUUCUGCUGAGGACUGUAUACCUCCGGGUGUGUGUGUAACCUGAUAGGAGGGUCAUCCUGUUAGUAGGUGGGGCCGGAGCCAUAAGUGGGUGCCCUCUCCCCUGGGCUCAACCCCUUCCUCUCUCUGCCAUCACCACCCCUCUCUGCUGUCACUUCCUUUCUCUCUGUGUCUAGAAAUCUCUCACCUUGGAACUACCUCCUAAUUCUGUGUAAACUGGGCUUACUCUACAGGUGUAGAGGAGUGAGUCAGAGAGUCCUGAAAAGGCACAAUGAGCAAUGCACACAGCGUGCACAAAAAGCCUAGCAAAAGAGGAAACAGGGUUUGGCUUAGCCAACGUCACCAGACUAUUUUGCACCCCCAAGGUUUCUCACACAAACAGCAGUAUUUUAAAAUGAGAUGCACCCAUGCUGUCUGAAGUGGUAUACUACCAGUUCUUUCCAUGAUAGGUGUAGAUUUUAAUGCAGAGGGGUUUAAAGCAGCCAAAGGUUCUGAUUUGCACAUGAAACGUCAAACUUUGGCAAUCACACGGGAUGAUUUUUUUUAAAAUGAAUGGGUUCAGCAUACUGCUGCCCACUAUUCCCCCUCUCUGGUUCUUGAGUCCUGUUCAGGUUAGUAGUGCUGUAACUGGGAAAUAAUAAAUCUCAUUCCCAUGAUUACAUUUCAUGUCAAUCUCUGCCCCAAGGUGACUCCAUCUAAUAUCAUGUGGUGGGGUGGGUAGGGAUUGGACCCAGUUCUGCUAGUAAGGUUCCAAAGUCUUCGUUUCCAGACUUCUAAUCUUGUUUUGUGGAAUAAAGGUUCAAGGAUAUGGUGCUAUGUGGAAUAAACCAAUACUGUAUAUUGAAUUCCAUCUGAUUCUUUGGGCAAAUCAUCUUUGUUUUAUUUAUGUUCAGUAAAUGUUGAGUGCCAUAAAUAACACCAAGCGACAAAACUAGGGAGGUCUACUGUCCCAUAUUUUGGCCAGAAUGUAAACUUCUGCUCAUCAACUAGUUUUCCAGGAUGUUGAGUUUAUGGGGGCGAGGGAGGGAGCUUCCUGGUCAGGAGUGGGGAUUCAUGCACAUUACCCUCUCCCAGUUAGAAUUCAUUACAAUUUCUACUUUCAAAUCUAUUCUUAAAUUUCCUUCUAGACACAUUUUUCACUUGUGUGUGCACUGAGUUGGCCAUCCUUAAUUUGAAAGGUGCAGAAUGGCGUGCAUGAUUGUGUGUGUGUGUGUGGGCUGUUUUUGUGGGCUUGUGGUAGAAAGAACACACUGGAGGAUUCCCCCUCACCCAGUAUCUAGGAACUGAAAUAUUGGACACAAUCUAACCAAUUCAUUAGUGAAAUUGUUAACCAGAAUAUGUGAUAUUUAUUAUGUAUUUUAUUACGAAUUGCCUUCUUAAUAAUGCUUAUUUUUUACAUUUCUUUUAAAACAGAGUAGAGAUGACUUGGGGUUUUGUUUUUAAGGUGCACUUUAGAAAAUGGUUUUGAGGUUUAGAUGUUUCUACUGAGUAAGAAAUAUUUGGUGGCAAAGGAUUCCCCCCCCCCAAUAUAUACACCCAAAGAAGCCUGCCUUCCUUUCUUUCGUCAAGUGUGGGGAAUUUUUGACCUUUCAGAUGCUGCUGAACCACAACUUGCAUUGUUAGUGAGCAACACCUAGCAGACACAUGCCUGGGGCAUGUUUUAAGUCAGGCACCCCCAAACUUCGGCCCUCCAGAUGUUUUGGACUACAAUUCCCAUCUUCCCUGACCACUGGUCCUGUUAGCUAGGGAUCAUGGGAGUUGUAGGCUAAAGCAUCUGGAGGGCUGCAGUUUGGGGAUGCCUGUUUUAAGUCUUUCUGCCUGAUCUUGUGAAUGUGUCUACUCAAAAGCAAGUCCCACACAAUUCAAUGAGACUUGCAGGUGUACAAGGUUGCUUUCUCUCCCCCCCCCCCCAAAUAUCAGUGUCAUGAGU